AUGGCUGAUGGUGCACCUGGAAUAACCAGAGCUCAAAAGGAGAUUCUCCCUCAAGCACGACGUCUUAUGUGUUGGGCACAUGUCGCUCGAAAAUGCCGAAAACAUAGGAAAUUAGUUCCAACAGAUAAGUGGCAACAAAUUGAUACUGAUAUGCAUGAUUUACAAUUAUGUUUUUCCGAUAAUAUAUUUACUCACGGUGUAUCGUUAGUAAUGAAAAAGUGGUCCACUGAUCCACUUAUUCAACAAUUUCAGCAGUAUUUUUUUGAUCAAUGGAUCGACAAAUUACCACUAUGGUAUGAAGGUGCUGCGCUAAAUAUGCCAUUAACAAAUAAUGGUUGUGAAUCGUUACAUUCCACAAUUUAA